AUGGCUCAAUUCCCAGUUUUCAUACCAGCCAAGUCGUUUCCUUCGAUCCUCUCACAUGAAACCUUGAUCAAUCACUUUCAGACCAAUCUCCCCACACAUUCCUCAACAAUCACAAGCCCUGUCCGCCAAAACUACACCGUUUCACCACCUUCCUCUCUCCUCCUCAUGCCUUCUUGGUCAUCUUCUUCUUCUCUCCCUUACAUGGGUGUCAAGCUUGUGACCUAUUUCCCUCAUAACUCCUCUCAGAACUUACCUGGCAUCCAUGGAUCCUACACACUCUUCAGCUCCACCACAGGCCAAACCCUAGCUUCAAUGGACGGUACCGUUUUAACGCUUUACCGUACUUCCUCUGUUUCAGGUUUAGCCUCCAAACUCCUAGCUAGAGACGAUAGUCAGGUGCUGAUCAUGAUUGGUUCCGGUGCUCUCGCACCACACCUGAUCAAAUCCCAUCUAGCUGCAAAACCAUGCUUGAGAAGAGUGAUCAUAUGGAACAGAACUGUUCAAAAGGCUCAAGAUUUAGCUGAAACUCUCUCUGAGGAUUCCCAACACAGCGAAAUCUCUUUCGAGAGCCACGAUUCGCUAGACGAAAUCAUUCCUCUGGGAGAUAUCAUAAGCUGUGCAACAAACUCGACUGUUCCAUUGGUCAAAGGUGAGUUUUUGAAACCGGGAACUCAUCUUGACCUUGUUGGAUCGUUUAGCCAUGAAAUGAGGGAGUGUGACGACAAUGCGAUACAGAGAGGGAGUGUGUUUGUAGAUAACGAGACUGCGUUGGAAGAAGCGGGAGAGCUCGUGGGAGCGUUUGAGCGAGGAGUGAUUAAGAGAGAAGACAUUUGUGGGAAUUUGGUUGAGUUGAUAAAAGGAGACAAAGAAGGGAGAAAGAGUUCAACAGAAAUAACGGUUUUUAAGUCUGUUGGUUCGGGUACCGUAGAUCUCUUAACUGCACAACUCGUUCUCGAGACUUAUCUUAGCCGUUAA